AUGCACUUGACUGGUAUUAUUGCCUCCGUCCUCGCCGUCACGGCUGCAGCUGCGCCGAACGGCCUCGUCAAGAAGUCGGCCAAUACCACUAUGGUCAAUGCCACCCAUGAACAGCUUGCCUUCGCCAUCCAACAGGCUGAGUGCGACGUAUGGGGCUGCCUUGGUGUGGUUGGAGCCGCUGCUUGCAUCGCUCCUAAGAUCGUCGAUGUCGACGUUCAGGGGGUCCUUGACUGCGUCUCUGGAAACAAGGAAAAGCUUUGCGGCUGCGCUAGUUGCAUCGCGCCUCUCGGAGACUUCCUUGUUAAGUACCACAUUUGCGACGCUUGA